AGAUACACGAGCAGAUAGAUGAGGAGAUAGGUAGAGACCGUCUUCCUACAUUAUCUGAUAGGGAGAAUCUGCGCUACGUGGAGGCCGUUUACUACGAGGUGAUGCGCCUAAAGCCACCAGUCCCGCUCUCAGUUCCACAUGUAUGUACUGAAGACACCACUAUCGCAGGAUACGACAUACCAAGUGGAACAAUUGUUAUGCCAAACAUUUACGCUGCACAUCGGGACCCAAACGUUUGGGCGAAUCCGGAGAAAUUUGACCCGAAGCGGUUCAUUGAUGAGAACGGACAAUUCAAAGAUCUUCACAGAAUGAUAGCGUUUUCUAUGGGU